GGAAUAAAGAGCAGAGAAGAGGAGUCGUCCCCUCACUUUCACCAUCUUCCUCUGGACUGGGAUCUAUCCGCCAUGGCGACGAAUAGCUGCGAUGCUCCGGCCACGGUUUGCUCCGGGCCGGACUGCCUGGUUCCUCCCAGCAACUUCAACGCCAUCCUGAGCGUGGUGCUGAGCACGGUGCUCACGGUGAUGCUGGCGCUGGUCAUGUUCUCCAUGGGCUGCACCGUGGACGCCUCCAAGCUGUGGGGCCACGUCAAGCGGCCCUGGGGCAUCUUCAUCGGCUUCCUCUGCCAGUUCGGCAUCAUGCCAUUCACGGCUUUUGCGCUGUCUUUGGCUUUCGGGGUGCUUCCGGUGCAGGCCAUCGUCAUCAUCGUCAUGGGCUGCUGUCCGGGGGGAUCCAGCUCCAACAUCAUCUGCUACUGGCUGGAUGGAGACAUGGACCUGAGUUGGCUCUUCCUCCACAGUAUCAGCAUGACGACCUGCUCCUCCAUCUUGGCUUUGGGCAUGAUGCCGCUCUGCCUGUUCAUUUACACCAGCGUCUGGACUUCCAGCGACACCAUAAAGAUCCCGUUCGACAGCAUCGGAAUCACACUCGCAGCCCUUCUUAUACCCAUUUCGGUCGGGAUUUAUGUGAAAAGCAGGUGGCCUCGAUUUGCCAAGAAGAUCCUGAAGGUGGGUUCCAUCGCCGGUUUUGCUCUCAUCAUCAUCAUUGCCGUGGUUGGAGGCAUCCUCUACCAAUCCUCCUGGGUCAUUUCUCCCGCCUUGUGGAUAAUCGGAACCAUCUACCCCUUCAUUGGGUUUUUACUUGGUUUCCUUUUGGCCCGGUUCGUGGGUCAGCCCUGGUACAGAUGUCGAACAAUUGCGCUUGAAACUGGUUUCCAGAACUCCCAGUUGUGCAGCACCAUCGUCCAGUUGUCUUUCAGCCCUGCAGAGCUGGAGGUCAUGUUUGCCUUCCCUCUCAUCUACAGCAUCUUCCAGCUGGCGGCGGCCAUCUUUGCUGUGGGCGGUUACCAAGGGUACAAGAGGUUUUGUGGAAAAGGUGGUGGCGCAGACGAUGAGGCCAGAAGAGUAGAAGACCAGUCUAAAAACACGAGCUACGAUCUGGAUAACAAAGCCUUCGAGUCCAACGAAAUGAAUGGCACCUACUCCAUAAAACAGUGAAACUCCAACAUACUGCAGAAAUCUUUAGGCCUCCUGAAGACGCUACUAUCACUGAACUGUGAACACACACCGCCCCCUAGAGGUUGAAAUGCGUGAUGCAAAAGAAAAAUGCAACAGUUGGACGGUGCGUGGCGCCCCUGACUGACCCAUUCUUUGUUUGAGCUUAAUAUCCUGCUUUCAUUUAAUUUAUUUAUGUAGAUAUUUAAAAACAGCUCCAGCUACACUGCAAAACCUAAAUUUUACCAAGUA